AUGCCAGAGAGGCAGCAGAUCCGAGGUGGGUUGGGCCCCUUCCGCUCUAGUGUCCUGGGCUCUAGCGUCCUGUGCUCUAGCGUCCUGGGCUCUAGCAUCCUGGGCUCUAGCGUCCUGGGCUCUAGCGUCCUGCUCACAGUCGGCUGCUGGAACCCUGGGAAGAGCAGAAUUCGAAAAGCUGGUGGAGUGAAACCCAGGGCUAAGCCUGGAAAAGAGGGUUGGAGGGCUGCGAGAGCUGGCUGCACUCCCAUUCCUGGAAAGGGCUUCAGGGCUUCUCAUGACUUGGAGAAUUGCUGGAAAAACAAAACAAAACAAAACCUAAACCCUGUAACCCAGUUCUACAAGGCAGCCUGUAGGAUUAACCGAUUGCAGAAAAACCACACCUUAAGCUCUGAGUUUGUUAUCUUGGGCUUCGGGGACCUGGCGGAACUGCAAAUCUUCUUUUUUGGACUGUUUCUAAUCAUGCAUCUUGUCACCCUGGCGGGGCACACAACUAUUGUGCUCCUCACCCUCAUUGACUCCUGCCUGCAGACCCCCAUGUAUUUCUUCCUCCGAAACCUGUCCACCGUUGAGAUUUGCUGUACAUUGGUUAUUGUCCCCAACAUGCUGGCCAAUUUCCUGUCCAGGAACCAGUGGAUGCCCUUUCUGGGCUGUGCCCUGCAAAUGCACUUCUUCGUUGCCCUGGGCGGGGCAGAGUGCUUCUUCCUGGCCGUGAUGGCCUACGACCGCUUUGUGGCCAUCUGCAAGCCCCUUCACUACACACUCCUCAUCACCAGGACCCUCUGCCUGCAGAUGCUGGCUCUGGCGUGCAUUGGCAGCUUUGCGCUCUCCCUCACAUUGACCACGCUGAUAUUCCUCCUGCCCUUUUGUCAGUCCCACGAGAUCAAUCAUUUCUUCUGUGACAUCCCCGCCGUGCUCUUCCUGGCCCGCUCGGACACUCGAGCCAAUGAGAUUGCUGUCUUCCUCGUCUGCACGCUCAUCCUCUUGAUCCCCUUCCUGCUGAUCCUGCUCUCCUACGGAUUCAUUAUCGCGGCCGUCCUCAGAAUCCGCUCGGCCGCGGGCAGGAGCAAGGCCUUCUCCACCUGCGCUGGGCACCUGUUGGUCUCGCUUCCUCACUAUGGCUGUGCAGUCUUCAUCUACAUUCGCCCCAAGUCCUGCUACGCCCCCGACCAGGACAAAAUUGUGUCCUUAAUCUACACCAAUGUCACCCCCAUGCUCUACCCUAUGAUCUACAGUCUGAGGAACAAGGAAGUCAAGGGUGCCCUUGGGAGACUUCUGCACAGUCACAGUCCAUGAAGCAGCAGCCCCAUGCGAGUUGAAGGGGAAGGCAGAGCCCUCUGAGAACGGCCUGGCUCCCUUGCCAGAACCCAGCCGUCUCCCGAUGCACCUGGCGGCCCCACCCCUCCCUUUGAGGGCUUCUCCGUGGUUCUGAGUGCACCUGGGACUCACUGCCCCCUUUGCUGUGGCCAGACAGACGGAAGGGAUGCAAAGGUUUGCUGAGACGCAGCAGGUCUGGGGUGGACAGUUCCAUCCAGCACCCACAGCAAUGGCAGAGACGUGGACACUGACAGGCAGAAGGGCCUCAGAUGGCCCAAAUGAAACAUUAAGCCAGCUGCUUCUGUGACCAAACAACCAGCAGGGCUAGAAACACAAGGAGUUCCCAGAUCCAAACUAGGGAAGGCUUGGAUGGAAAGGCAGAACCAGCCUGGAAACAGAAUCCCUGCGUCACCAGAAAACGACAUCAUGAUCACUUGAGACACGAGAGUGUAAUCCGAGGCAGCAGCUCCAAGGGCGUGUCAGGCUCGGCCCCACUUCUGCUCCCAGUGCAGCUGACCCCUCCUCAUCCUACCAAUGUCGGUGAAAGGGCCACUUGUUCCCAGAAGCCCCAUGGGUGGUCUGUCUCCCCGGCUGAGCUGGAGACUCCUCGAAGGGGAGAACCAGUUUCGAGGUCUCUGCCACCCCAGCCCCUGGCACAUAAUAGAUGCGCCAUAAGCGGUAAUGGAACUGAACGGUGAGCCCCCCAAGUUUUGGCACAGGAAUGGCUUCAGAUCCCAGUUGCUAAUGAAACAGAAAGUUUUCAUAUCCUGCCGGGCUGAGGCCUCUGUGACUCGGGGACAAAGGUCAGGUGUAAUGAUCUCAAGAAUGUGUUUGCUGGCCCCACUCUCACUCCACAGGCUGGCCAAGUGGUAGGAUCUCUGAGUUUCCCUCGACCAUAACACUUAGCAGGGAAGACACACUUCUUUGUUUCUUUUAGAGGCAGGAUCUCACUCUGUAGCCCAGGCUGGGGGGCAGU